AUGGAAAAAGUCAGUGACAGAAGUGUGAACGAUAACAGCGAAACUGAUGCCACGCAGCUCCGUGAAGAUAUGACGGUGAUGCGUGAUCCCAGUGAAACCACUGCAACCGCAAGUCAGGUCAGAUGGCAUAGUUCGCCAUCGAGUGUGUCGAGUACCUCCGACGAAACACCUAAAGUUCUUAAGCAACGUUUUGUUCUGGAAGAGCUUAUCGGUUCCGGUGGUAUGGGCAGUGUUUUCCGUGCAAAAGAUUUACGUAAGGUGGAAGCGCGUGGUACGCAGCCUUACGUCGCGGUUAAGAUCCUGAAUAAUGACUUUCGGCAUCAUCCCGAGGCGUUUAUUGCGCUGGAGCGGGAAGCAUCAAAAUCUCAGGGUCUGCGGCACAGCAAUAUUGUUUCCAUCUUCGAUUUUGAUAAAGACGAAGACGUUCCGUUCAUCACCAUGGAGCUGCUGCAGGGUGAAGAGCUGGCGGACCUGUUAAAAGCCUACCCUUCGGGCUUGCCCGAAGAGCUGGCCUGGAAAAUUAUUGAAGGCAUGGUGCUUGGUCUGAAACAUGCGCACGAAGAGGAAGUGGUGCAUGCCGACUUCAAACCCGGCAAUAUCUUUAUCACGCAGAAAAAGGUAGCCAAAAUACUGGAUUUUGGCAUCGCGCGAGCGAUGCGAAUGAAUUCGGGUUCUGAAGAUACUGAUUUCGAUCCCGCACGUCUGGCGGCUUUGACGCCGGCUUACGCAAGCCGCGAAAUGUUGAACGGCGACAAUCCGGAACCUCGGGAUGACAUUUUCUCGCUCGGAAUUGUCAUCUACAUGGUUUUAACCGGGCAUCAUCCUUACGGGCGUGUUCCGGCUAAUGAAGCUGCCCGGGAAGGGCUCAAACCGGAACGUAUCAAAUCUUUAUCGCGACGGCGCUGGCGUGUCUUGGAAAAAGCGCUGCAACUUAACCGUCAGGAUCGACCUGCGGAUGUGCAGGAAGUUUUUGCCGGCCUGUUUGCACCUUCACCGUGGCGCAACUGGUCGCUGAUGGCGACAGCAGGACUCGUCACAGCAAGCCUUAUUCUUGUUGCUUUGCAGGAUUCAGCGUCUAUCAACGAGGUGAAAGAAGAGGUUCGCCAGGAAACGCUGGUGGAUGCGCAGAUGAACCGGAUAGAAAAACUGUUAGAUGAGCCGGCAUACGAUACUAACUGGGAACGACAGCUGUUCGCGGAAGUACAGACCCUGCGAGCCCUGAGCCCCGCUAUAGCGGAUGUACAAGGCUCAACGGAUGCUGCCAUCCCACAUCCACAUGAUCGGAUCAGCGCGCGCAUUGCAGAAUUGUAUUCUGAACAUAUUCGUAAUACCGCAGAUCUACCCACCGCGUUUGCUCAAUUCGAGGCGGGUCAGCAGUUUGUGGAACUGGCAGAGGUGCGUGCUGAUCUGCACGAAAGGCUGCUGAACGAGCUGGAUAGGCUUGCAGGCCAGCCGAUCAGUGGACAGUGGUUGACCCGCUUUGAAGAAUUGAUGUCUCAGGUAAAUACUUAUUUUGCUGAUUCGACACUUUUGGUGGUGACGCAGAUCGAGUUAGUCGAUUACGUCGUGCAGCAGUUGGAGCAGGACCUUAUCAGCCGGGAUAUUCAACUUGCCCAGCAAACCUGGCGCAAUGUUGAGAAUAAGGUGUUUGAUGGCGCUCAAUGGCAAUCCCUGCAGGAUAGUUUCAGUGCGGCAUUGACCAGCGCGCAGGCGCAAAAAGAGGCGCAAGUGCAGGUGCAAACCGCACAGCGUUUACAAAAACAGAUGUCGGCCUCGCUGGCCGUGAGCUGCCUGCGCAUGGAUGUUGGUCAGAUAGCGGCCCGGCUCGAUAGGCUCACUGCAGCUCAUCCCGGCCACGCAGCAAUGCUGCGCGAACAGAUUGGUGCGCGUCUGGGUGAAUGUAUCACUCGUCUUGGCGCCGUUGACCCGGACCGGGCUUAUUCGCUCAAGAAACAGGCGCUGGCGCGCUUCAGUGGUAUGCAGCAACUGCAGGAUCAGCAGCUGGAUCCCUGUUCCCUCCACUAUCUGGUGGGUAAUGGCAAUGCCAGCGGCAGAGGUAGUUUCUGUGCUGACCAGGUCAGUCAGGAUCAGCGUGGUCCGCGACUGGUUGUUGUUCCAGGUGAUCAGAGCCUGGCUAAAUUUGCCAUCAGCAAAUAUGAAAUAAGCUGGCGGGAUGUGAAUCUGUUCUGUGCUGAAACCAAGUUGUGUGUUGCGGCGGCAGAAGAGCACCUGCCCGUUACCGGCAUGGCGGUUGAUGUCGUUGAAGAAUACGCGCAGUGGCUGAGUGAUCGCACCGGUUAUACGUACAGGCUGCCGACUGCUCACGAGUGGCAACAGGCAGCUCAGGGCGAGCCGGACCCUAACCGUAAUUGUCGUAUCGACGUUGGUGGUGUGCGACGCGGCGAUGCCAUGCUUGCAUCCGAAAACGGUGCUGCGAACCCCUUAGGUCUUGUGCAUGUAUUAGGCAAUGCGCAGGAACUGGUCAAAGACCAGUCGAGUUAUGUGGCGCGUGGAGGUACCUUCAGCGAUCCUAUAGAACGAUGUCAGAUUGAAACCCAGCGCGAGAUUGCCGCUCAGGGUGAUCAGCAGACAGGCUUCCGUCUGGCGCACGCUGCCGGGGAAAUUUCCCAGCUUGAAUAUCGCGAAGCACGCCGCCAGGUGAUCAGGAAAUUCGCCAGGGUGAAUAAGGGGCCAUUGGUCCAGGGUGCGGAUGAUACGGUGCCGCGCUUCGAUCUGGAGACCACCUUACGUCGCUCGGAAGGCUUCCCUGAACCUGUGCAGAGUGUGCAACGGCAACCCUGGUUGAUGGGGCUGGUUCUGCUGGUGGUGGUGCUGGUCGCCAUGGUGCUGCCAUUGAUGUCUUUCGCGGCCUUAAUCCCGCCGGUGAGCGAGCGCGACCCUAAUCCUGCUACGGCUCCGACCUACGAAAUUGAUCUGGUGCGCUGGCAGAUACCGGAAGAUCUGCAACCGCAGUUCGGCGAACCUGCAGAAGCGUUGCUGGCGGCUGGUCUGCAGACGCUGAAAAACAAUGAUGCGCCUCUGGCCCACGGUUUCAGCAGCUCUGAACUCACAGAAGUUGCUCGCUUCUUAAAUGCUAUUGGCGUGCAUGAUGAAGCGGUAUCACUUUCCCGCGGCGACCUGCAGGACCUGAAAGCGCUGGUAGCUGCGCAGAAAAAGAAGCGCGGCGUGUCUCUUCUGCAGCUUGAGCAACUGGCUAAAUCUCUACAGGACUGGUUGCGCGAAGAGGGUUUUGUGCUGGCCACGGCUUAUAUCCCAACACAGGAAGUUGUCGACGCGACGGUCCAGAUUGAGGUGGCUUUUGGCCAGCUUUCCAGCAUUCGUGUGACCAACGAGGACACGGCUCAAUUACACGCAGGGUUCACAGACCUGCUCGGCAAGCGGGUCGAGAAAAAGUCCGUAGAAACCCGCUUGAACAUACUCAACCGACAACUGGGUGUGCAGUCUGAAGUGUAUUUUCAACCCGGCGCUGAGGUGGGUGAAAGCGAGAUGGUGCUGCAGGUCAAACAACACCAGAAAUUUGCCGGUUCCAUUGGCCUGGAUAAUUACGGCGUUGAAGAUCUCGGCGAGGAACGUCUGUCGCUUACAGGUCGUUGGAAUAACCCUCGAGGUGCCGGCGACGUGAUGACGGCUAAAGCAUUCACAACCGUCGAUAACAGUGCCCAUCAAUUUCUUCAGCUGGGAUACGCUGCACCGAUAUUCGGUGGGCAGUUUGAUGCAGCAGCUUACCUGUCGUAUGCGGAUCUGCAGUUGGAUAAUGGCAGCGCGCUGGCGGGAGAUGGCCUGUUGUUUGAUACGUAUCUCACCGAUACCCGCUUGUUUACCCGCACGCAGCGGCGAGAACUCACUUACAGCGCAGGACUGCACAAUUUCAGUUGGGAUGGCCUGCUUGAUCAGCGCGCUUUGUUUGUCGCCUCAGCGUUGGAAGGUCAUCAACUCUGGGAUGAGCAGAAGAUUGCCGCGCAAGGGUCGCUGCAGGCUCUGGUGGGCAACGUGGACAAUACCCGCCCUGGUCAGGAUGAUUUUUACUGGCGUCUGCGUGGUGAUCUGAAUGCCUGGAUGCCAUUACCACUGACGGAACGCUGGUUCGAUGAGGGUCAGCAACCCAAAUUAGUGCUGGAUGUGCAAUGGCAAUUAAGUCAGACGCAAUUGCCGCCCACGCUCAGACUGAAUGCUGCCGGACCACAUGCCAGCAAAGGUUUCGCUCAAGGUCAGGUGCUCCUGGAUCAAGGCCUGUUUGUCAGUUCAGCGCUUCGAUUUGAUGCGCCUGUCGGCCAAUGGUGGACGUUCUGGGAUGUGGUUUAUGGUGAACAGAAAGGUGGCGCGCAAUCCUGGGCACACCUCAGUAGUGCAGGGUUGGGUUGGGAAGGGCAGGUGCUGCAGACCGCCUAUGGUGCGCUGUCCAGCCGGCUUACGGUGGCCUAUCCACUUUCCCACAAAGGUUCAGAUGGAGUUGAAAAUGAUGGCACACAGUUUUACUGGUCGCUGCGCUUUAUAUAUUAA